GCGGCUCGUAAUUUUGAACAGACGAGGAGCAGCCAACCGAGUGCUUGUAAGCUAGUAGCAUAACAUCGACUAAUAUUCCCCUAAAAUGUAUACUUCUCUUUCUCACUGUUUUUAAUAAAGUGAAACCCAUUAAGUGUAGUCAGUGAUGAAUAUGAGCACGCAUAUUAUCACUCCUGGACCGUAUCGAGCCACAAAAUUGUGGAAUGAGGUGACUCGUUUGUUUCGGGCCGGCAUGCCUCUCCGGAAGCACCGGCAAAACUUUAGGCACCACGCUUCCUGCUUCACCGCCUCGGCUGCCGUGGAGUGGCUGCAUCAGCUGCUUCAGAGCAACAGCAACUUUGGUCCUGAUGUCACCAGGCAGCAGACGGUUCAGCUCCUGAAGAAGUUUUUGAAGAACCACGUGAUCGAGGACGUGAAGGGUCGCUGGGGGACCGAGGAUCUUGAGGACAACAAUGUUUUGUACAGAUUUCCCUCCGCCUCACCUCUGAAGCCCAUUCCCUGUCCAGCUCCACUGUCGGGCCCCAGCUCCAUCAGAAAAAGAUCCUCAUUCAGGGACAAAGAUGGCUUCUUUAAAUUUAGAAGCGUCAAGAAGCAGGAGAAAGAGACCCAGGAAAACAUGGAUCCUGCCCUCCAAACACAGCAAGAGGGAGCUAGCCAGGCCUCAGAGGAGCAGCAGCAGCAGCUACAGAGGCGAGAGCUGACUGUGGGGGAUGAACUGGAAAUCUGGAGAGACAUCACCCUGACCCACCUGCUGAGAAUUCUGGGUGUUCCAUCCCUCAGUGAAGUUUUAGAUCAACGUUGCCUAAAUCCUCAAAACAUCGUCCACAAUAUGACCAAAGUCAACAAGCAUGGAGUCGUCACGCUGGACGACAAGACCAAUGACCUUCCUCACUGGGUUCUGUCUGCCAUGAAGAGCCUGGCCAACUGGCCGAAGUACGACAGCGAGCAGCCAUCUUAUCCCGGCUUCGAAAGGGACGUCUUCAAAACGGUGUCCGAUUACUUCUACAGCCUUCCGCAGCCGUUGCUCACAUACGAGCUUUAUGAGCUGUUCAUAAACGUCCUGGCGUUUUGUGGCUACAUCACAGCACCCAAUAAGCUCCAGGCCGGGAAACGCAAGAGGUGGGAUCUUCCUUCCGUUCCGCCUCCAGCCAAGUCGUCCUUUCGCUCCACAGAGUGUCUCCUCCUGGCGCUGCUCAGACAGGGGUCAUGUGACGAGACGGAGUCGCCCAUGAGGGAGGUGCUCGGUGGGAAGCUUCAGUCACGGCUGGAAGCGCUGAAAGGAGACGAGGCCGAUUCGAGCGGCGGCCAGCUGGGAGGCAGCUUCGCUAGCCUGAGCACCGUCGCUUCCUCAAGGAGUCAAACGAGGAGUUGCUCACUGGAAACUGUCCUUGCCACUUCUGCCCCCCUCACCCGACAGCAGCUGUGUCUGUCCGUGGACAGCCUGGCGUCCUGUUCCCGUAGCAACCGCAGUCAGAAUGACAGCUCUGUCAUCACAGUACAGGAAGACUGCUCAAGCUCAACCUCUGAGUUCAAAACAAAACUCAUCACUAAGGAAAAUGCUGCGGUUGUCACCGCCAGAAAAAAGCGGGCCACGGUUUCCAUGGAAACUCGGAGAUCAGCCUCCUCUAGGCCUCGCAGCGUUGGCAGCUGUCUGGACAUUGUUGUAGAGACCAGAGAGGACGAGGCCAGAGAGAUUCAGCGGCAGAGCCGUGCUGCCAGCUACCUCGAUGUGAACGGACCCUCAGCACAGCACCCCCCUCCGUCCACCUGUCACCUCUCUUUCUCCUCCCAUCUUUACUCUCUUUCACCUGCACGAGGCCGGAGGGCUGCCACAGAACCUAGUGGACCCAAACCCGCCUCCAGCGCCUGUAAUCUCUGGAAGCUCCCCGCACCCGCUGUCGUUCGACGCUGCUUUAGCUCCGUGGAUGUGUCCGAGCCACCCCCACCCGUGUCACUGCUCAAACUGCCUGUCUGUGUGCCUGCCAGAAACUUCCAGCUCCCCCAGCCCAAACCUGAGCACAGUGUUCUGCAGCCUCAGUGCGAGCGUGUGGCCGUCGAGGCCCUGCAGCUCUGCACUCUCCUCCUCCCCCCUGCUUCUCGCAGGAAGCUGCAGCUCCUCAUGAGGAUGAUGUCACGCAUCAGCCAGAAUGUGGACAUGCCCCGCCUCCACCCUGCUAUCGGCACCCGUACUCUGAUGGUUCACACAUUUUCAAGCUGCAUCCUCAGCAGUGCUGAGGAGUGUGACUUGGAUGAGCUGUUGGCGACCAGACUGGUGUCGUUUCUGAUGGACCACCAGCAAAGCAUCCUCUCAGUUCCAGAAUACCUGCUCAGUGCAAUCGGUGACCACAUACAAUACCUCCGCACCACUCAGGUCCCCAUCGACACCGGUCCACAUGCUGACCGUGACGAUCUAGUGUCCGUUCCAGUACCAAUGUACGCGUUCUGCAAACAGAUAAGUGGCGCUGAGUUUGAGCAGCAGAAGCUGGAGUCUUCUCAGAAAGCCAUGGAGGAGCUGCUGGAGAUUCUGCUGACAGACCAAAACAUAAACGAGAAGGAUCGACGCAAGAAACUGAAGCAGUUUCAGAAGCAGUACCCGGACAUCUACGGUCGUCGGUUCCCCUCCUCAGACCGGGCGAACAAAGCUGACGGCAAACCAAAGAUUAAACCACCUCUCCUCAGCGUCAGGAAGACCAAAGCUUUCAGCAUCAGGAGUUAAACCAGCCUGUUGGUUUUGGUGCUCUUGUUGAACUGGCGUUCUGUUUUCAGGAAGAAGCCCACGUGCGGCCGUAAAGCCGCGUGACGUUCGGAGGUCCUCCCUCUGGUUCUGGUUUGAGAACACGUCUGCUGUUUUAGGGGCAGGUAAACAAACAGGAUCUUUUUAAGGAAGGUCAAAUGUUUCUGCUGCAGGUUUUCUGUUAAACUAUCACUGUUUUUACCUUGUGUGUGUGUGUGUGUGUGUGUGUGUGUGUGUGUGUGUGUGUGUGUGUGUGUGUGUGUGUGUGUGUGUGUGUGUGUGUGUGUGUGUGUGUGUGUGUGUGUGUGUGUGUGGUGGGGGGGGGGUGUGUGGUUGGAAACAAAACUGGGAGUAAAAUAUUCAGAAUUACAAAUGAACAUAGGAGUAGUGAGGUUAUAGAUCUUAUUUAUUUAAACAUGUUAUUGGGAGCGUCUGAAAGCUUGUUUUGUAUAUUUUCUGGACCUGUUGUGUCACCAGUGCUGAGCGUUUACGGGACGUGUUCUUUAAUAUUUGUGCGUUUUAGAUUGUUGGUCUUUUCUCUUUAAGUUUCUUCUCAUCGUUUUAAAAUGUUAACAUCAGCGGUUCCGUUUUUCUCAUGAGAAAUCCACAUUUCAGCACAAAGACGUUCGUAUCUAACAGUUUUUUUAAUUUAUUGGUUUUUGUCUCCGUUUCUGUUUGUUUGUGUUCCUUCUCUUUGUUGUUUGCAGGUUAGUGAAGUUAUUUUGCACUGAGUUUAUUUGUUGGGAAGAGCCUGCAGACUCAUGUCAGUGGGUCGUUUAAAUGUUGUCGGACCAUAUUUCUCCUCAGAGGGAUGUUUGAGACGCCUGCUUUUAUUUUGUGUUAUAAAUAAAUAAAAGGAAUUGGUGGAUUUUCUUUGAAUAAACGACAGUAACAGCUGGUUUAUCCUUUAAAGAACGCACCCUGGCAGGUACCCUCGUGUUUGACUAAAUGAAGAAUUGAUCGUGAUCUGGUGUUUGUUUGGACCUCAGGUCAAGUGAAGCGUGCAUGUGCAUUCACUCGGUGUUUUCGUGUUGCUGUACAUAGGCGUGCAUAAUUUACAACUUUGUUUACUAUGCAGUUAUUUGGGAAAUAAACUUGCUCUGUUAUCAAUCA